AUGCCAUAUUAUGCGCUAAACAAGAUACAUAGGCAUAUAAGAGGAAGUUGUGGAAGAGGAGGUCGUGGAAGGGGAAGUCGUGGAAAAGAAAAAGAACACGUGUUGAAUGAUGAACCUUCUACACUAAAUAAUGAAUUUAAUGACUCUGAUUUAAUUAGUGAAAGGGAAACAGCCGUAUCGAAUACUUCAAAUAUCACAAGUAAUCCAAGUCAUAAAAUAUUGGCAACAUCAAAUGCUAGAUCAACAUUAAUUAUACCAGUUUAUGAAAGUAUUGCCGACUCUGAAGAUUGUGAUAUUUCAAUAAUGGAAUCAACUACUAGUAGUCGAAGUAAAGUCAAUCGUCAACGACAAAGUAAAGUUUCAAAGCUAUCUGAAGAUUAUAAUAUUUUAACUAGGGAAUCACCUACUAGUAGUCGAAAUGGUCAACGACAAAGUAAAGUUACAAUGCCAUCUGAAGAUUAUAAUAUUUUAAGAGAAUCAUCUACUAGUAGUCAAAAUAAAGCUAAUCACCAACGGCAAAAAACUUAUAAGGAUCAAACGAAAACAAAAAAGCAGCAAAAAAAUAAUAUUAAUGAGCAUAGUGAUAAUGAUGAUAGUGUCGACUAUUUUAAAAGAACAAAAAAGCCUAAGCCUCUAAAAGAUAUGAGCAACAUCUUUAAAGUUUGCCAAUGGCUUGUUUUAAUAAGACCAGAUAUUUUAGUAGCAGCAAAUCAAAUGCGCAAUUCUAUGUAUAUAUCGAUAGAUUCACCUAUAACUGCGAUACCCCAAUCUGAAGUAACAACAUCAACUAAUAUUAGUGAAGACAAAGAGCUUGCACGGCUUUGGCACGAAGAAAUGAAAUGUCUUUUUCUCAGGUGCAGAAAUCCAACGGUCAGAGUAAUUGAAAAUCUUAUUGUAAAAAUAUUCAUUUAUGAACUCUACAGUAAUGAGGCUGUAGAAAUUAUUUGCUAUUCAAAGCAAGUAUUAACAGACUUCCGUAGCAAAUUUAACCAAAAAAUUGCUAUAUUAAUACAAGAAUUUAAAGAUAGACUGCCAAGUGAGAAACAAGUUUCAACUCCAUCAAGAAUUGAUAUGAAUGAGUAUAUAACUCAAGAAGUUGCUGAACAAACAUUAAAAAGAUAUUUAAGCAGCACUGAUAUGGAUAAGCUCAAAAAGUAUAGAACUAUGGAAAAGCUUUUAAUGCUAAUAAGAAAAGCGUUUAAAAUAUAUUAUUAUGCUUACAAUACCAAAGCCGUUAAGGAACUCGACUAUCUUACAAUAGACUGCAAGAUCCCAA